CGUCUCAUUGGCUAGCCAUGCGGAAGUGAAAGGACCGGUUUAGCUACAACAACAAGAAAGUCUGUCGUAUGUUUUUGUGAUUGUGUUAGUCCCGGGAAAGGUUCUAGAAAACAUGGCGUUACCGGCCCAGUUCAAAGCCGUCCAGCACCACCUACGGACCGCACAGGAACACGAACAACGGGACCCCGUGGUGUCUUAUUACUGCCGACUCUACGCCAUGCAGACCGGAAUGAAGCUGGACAGUAAAAGUCCUGAGUGCAGAAAGUUCCUGGUGAAGCUCAUGGACCAGUUGGAGUCCAUGAAGAAGGAGUUGAGUGACAAUGACUCCAUCAGUCAGGAGGUGGUUGGCAACGCGCACAUAGAAAACUACGCCUUAAAGAUGUUCUUGUAUGCUGACAACGAGGACCGAGCUGGACGAUUCCACAAGAACAUGAUCAAGUCUUUCUACACGGCUAGUCUGCUGCUGGAUGUCCUGUCUGUCUUUGGAGAGUUAUCAGACGAGAACAUCCAGCACAGGAAGUACGCCCGCUGGAAGGCCACAUACAUCCAUAACUGUCUGAAGAGUGGCGAGACACCUCAGGCUGGGCCAAUCGGCAUGAACCUGGAGGAGGAAGCAGACGGAGAUGAAGGUUUCUCAGGUCAGACCUUUUCACAGGGGGGCUCAUUCCGCGGGGGAGCUUCCUCUCAGGACCAGAAUUUUAGUGAGGAUUCGGCCCCGGGCUUCGGCUUUGCUGCUGGUCCAGAAUUAGGACCAUCAGCCCCCACCUCCGCCAACUACAAUAACAUCCAUAUCCCCCCUGGUGCGCACGCCCCUGCUAACACCCCAGCUGAGCUGCCGCCUCCUUCAGACGCAGUCAAACCAGUACCAAUGUCUCGAGCUGCGCCAACUGUCGACCCGCCCUCCCUGCUCACCACCCAGCACCACGGUGAUGUUCAUCUGUCUCCAGAAGACUUCACCUUGGCCCAAAAAUACUGCAAGUAUGCAGGCAGUGCCCUUCAGUACGAAGAUGUGUCCACCGCCAUCCAGAACCUCCAGAAGGCCCUCAAGCUGCUCACCACAGGCAAAUAAUGAUGCCUUUGUCCUCCUCCAGUCGCCAGUGCUCUAUCUACACUAUCUUCAUACACUCGCACAUGCGCAUGCACACACGCACACGCACACGCACACACACACACACACACACACACACACACACACACACACACACACACACACACACACACACACACACACACACACACACACACACACACACACACACACACACACACACACACACACAGCAGACUGUAACAAUGGCCGCCAGUGUGUCUGUACUGCCAUUCUUUGGUUAGUUUGGUUAUCAAGGAUGUGCUGUGUGAACAUGACAUGCUAAUCACGCUGGAGCCAGCGUGCACAAGAGUGUACAGGCAAAGUGUUUUGUUGCACCCACAGUGAUCAUGUGACGACAACCUGUCCUUAUUUCCCUGUCAUCGGGGCUCUCUUUUACAAACUUUACCAAAUAAACAAGGCUCAACAGGGGGCGCUUUUUUCUUUUGCUUGAAAAAAAAAAUUGUGAUUAUAAUUUAGGUUUGGGUUGUGUUGAUUUAAAGCAGCCAUACCUGCGCCAGCACUGCCCUUACAGAUGUGUGGGGGCUUUCACGCCGCAUGUAUAAUGAACGACCACGCUAAGCUAAAUGCUAACAACAUUGCUAUGCCCGCCUAAUAACAAGCUAGCGUAGCAUCAACAAUGUCUCUACACUGUUGUCACAGAUCUGAUGCAAUCUUUCAAAAUCAUGUCAAUAAAAUGUUAUAUUUGCAGGAAA